UGCACUUUCUUCGUUUGCACAGCGACACAAAGAAGUAGGAAGCUCUCUUGGUAUUUUGCUGCACUUUAAAGAAAAUGACAUCGAACAGUCACGUAAAGAUAGGGAUAAUUGGUGGAUCUGGACUUGAUGAUCCAGAUAUCCUGGAGGGAAGGACAGAGCGGUAUGUAGUCACACCAUAUGGAAAGCCAUCAGAUGCACUAAUUUUGGGAAAAAUAAAGAACGUCGAUUGUGUGCUGCUUGCUAGGCAUGGGAGACAACACACCAUCAUGCCCACCAAUGUUAAUUACCAGGCCAAUAUUUGGGCUUUAAAGGAAGAGGGCUGCACUCAUCUAUUAGUCACCACAGCAUGUGGUUCCCUGAGAGAGGAUAUCCAGCCUGGGGACAUUGUUUUGAUUGACCAGUUCAUUGAUAGAACUACUAAACGUGUUCAGACGUUCUAUGAUGGGCAGCCCACCAGCCCUCCAGGUGUGUGUCACAUACCUAUGGCUGAACCGUUCUGCAGCAAGACUAGAGAGGUGCUCCUGGAGGUUGCACAGGGCCUCGGUGUGAAGUGUCACACUCGAGGGACAAUGGUGACCAUAGAGGGUCCUCGUUUCUCCUCUCGGGCAGAGAGCCUUAUGUUCAGACAAUGGGGUGCUGAUGUCAUCAACAUGACCACUGUACCGGAGGUGGUUCUUGCCAAGGAGGCUGGCUUGUGCUAUGCUAGUAUUGCGAUGGCAACUGAUUAUGACUGCUGGAAAGAGCAUGAAGAGGCGGUGUGUGUGGACAAUGUUUUGAAAACAAUGAAAGAGAAUGCAAAUAAGGCUAGCAGCAUCCUGCUCACAGCAAUCCCGCAGAUCUGCCAGAUGGACUGGGAGAGCACAAUAAAUGCACAUAAAUCGAUGUCUCAGUCUUCAGUAAUGUUGCCCAAACAUUAACAAACCCUGCCAUCGAGAAGUCAUGAAAAUGUAGUGUCUAUGACUGCAAUUGUUUUUCUGUAAACAAGUGUGAUAUUCUUACCACUAUCAACCAAAAAAAGAAAA